CUGGGGGUGGGACCGUCCUCCUGCCGCCUGACGGGCUUCCUGGCCGAGACCCCUCUGGGACCCGGUCUGGGCUGUGGCUGGAGUGGCCAGGCUGCGGCUCCCCGUUGGAGGCCCAGGGAGGGGGUCCUGGUCUCCAUGACGGGCAUGGGCCUCCCCCCGGUGCCUGGGUCUCCGCUCCUGGCAGGCCACCCACCCACCCCCUUGAAGGGGCAGCCACUCACCCAGCAAGGAGAGCCGGGAGCAGCCCGAGGGUAGGACCGUGAUCAGUCCACACAGAGGGCCAGGCAAGAGAAAUGGAAAAUGAGGAUUCUGUGGAGUCACCUGGAUGCAGUGAGGAAACCAAUAACAUAGGAAGAAGAAAUGCUCUCACAGUGAUGAUUUGCCGAAUUCCUGACCUCACUUACGGAGAGGCCGAAUGCUAUUUAAGCCUACAGCACCUGGUAUUCUCAUCCAAGUACUAACUAGGCCUGACCCUGCUUAGCUUCCAAGAUCAGAUGAGAUCAGGUGUGUUCAGGGUAGUAUGGCCUACAGCUUAAAUAUAAGAAAGGAAAAAAUAAGAGUCAAGUAUCUGUAUUGCAAUUAAGCACCCAUAUCACUGUUGACAUGGAGGAGAAAACAUCUAAAGGCCUGGAGCGUGAAAGGAGUUCCACUCGGAGGGAUCAUCUGCAGAAACAUGAAAGGACUCACACUGGGGAGAAAUCCUAUCAAUGCCUGGAGUGUGGAAGGAGCUUCACUAGCCGUAAAGGUUUACAUUCACAUCAAAAGACUCACACUGGGGAGAAACCCUAUAAAUGCCUGGAUUGUGGAAAGAACUUUGCUAGCAAUGGACGCUUACGUUCACAUCAAAGGACUCACACUGGGGAGAAACCCUAUAAAUGCCUGGAGUGUGGAAAGAGCUUUGUUCGAGGUUUGGCUCUACAAAUACAUAAUAGGACUCACACUGGGGAGAAACCCUAUGAAUGCCUGGAUUGUGGAAAGAACUUUGCUAGCAAUGGACGCUUACGUUCACAUCAAAGGACUCACACUGGGGAGAAACCCUAUAAAUGCCUGGAGUGUGGACAGAGCUUCACUCAGAAUGAAAGUCUACGUUUACAUCAAAGGAUUCACACUGGGGAGAAACCCUAUGAAUGUCUGAAGUGUGGAAAGAGCUUCAAUCAGAGGGGACAUCUACAUUUACAUCAAAGGACCCACACUGGGGAGAAACCCUAUGAAUGCCUGGAGUGUGGAAAGAGUUUCACUCGGAAGGAUCAUCUGCAGCAACAUGAAAGAUGUCACACUGGGGAGAAGCCAUAUGAAUGCCUGGAGUGUGGAAAGAACUUUACUAAGAGAGCAAAUCUAGAUUCACAUCAAAGGACUCACACUGGGGAGAAACCCUAUAAAUGCUUUGAUUGUGGGAAGAGCUUCACGCAGAGUGGAAAUCUACGUGCACAUCAAAGGACUCACACUGGAGAGAAACCCUAUAAAUGCCUGGAGUGUGGAGAGAGCUUCGCUCGGGAUACAACUCUACGUGCACAUCAUAGACUUCACACUGGAGAGAGCAGUGGCAUUUGACCCCAGAGAGACUCUGAGAUAGGGCUUUCCAAACCUUUCAUGUUGGUGACACACUUUUUAAACAUGCAUCCUUUUACAACACGGUAAUUCAAUUUAACUGGCAAACUUCCCACAUAGGAUGGUUAGAACCUUCUCCCACCUUCAAUGGGGUCUUGGGGGGCGGAGUCCUGAUGCUGCAGAGGUUGGGGGCAUUUGUGUUAAUGGAGAGGGCCCUGGACCUCUUGGGCCUCCACUGGCAGGCCUAUGAUCCCCAUCAGCCCUGCUAGCUAAGAAAGGCAAUGGUGAGGGGAUGGCGGGACCUUGAUGUUUGUGGAGCCUGAGGUGGUCUGGUUCUCAGGUGACCAGAAUGUUUGGGGGCCUCUCAGAGACAUCUAGUCCAACCCCCUCCUCCAAAUAUAUAUAAAUGGGAAGGGCCCCUGAGGAACAUCUAGUCCAACUCACUGUUUGCACCUGUUUGAUCAUUCUCUUCUCUUCCACCUUGAAGUAUGGAUACAGAGGAAAAUAUAGAGGAAUCUGUUUAAAAUAUAUGCAUCCUAUAUUAGUUAAUAGUUAUGGUGAUUAUUAAUGGAAGGCUAAGGAAAUACUGCCAUACUGAAAAAUAAAUAAAUAAAUAAAUAAAUAGUUUUAUAUGUAACCCCCCCCCCCCAUCUCCCCAGGGGCCAAAAAGCAGCAAACAUUCAAUGCCAUAAUGAACAAACAGAUCAAAUCAAAACAAUAAUUAAAAAUGGCAUCAAUAUUAUUAUUAUCAAUAAUAAUAAUAAUAAUAAUAAUAAUAAUAAUAAUAAUAAUAAUAAUAAACAACGUUAUUUUUAUAUCCCGCCCCAUCUCCCCGAAGGGACUCAGGGCGGCUCACAACAGGGACAAGCCCGAAACAACAACACAACAUAUUUGACAAAACUUAAAACAUUUCAACGAUACACAAAAUAAAAUAAUGGACAAUACAUUAAAAUCCAAGCAGAUAAAAUCAGAGUAAUUAAAAGCAAACCAGCAGGGACAGGUUUCAUAAAGUGCUGUAUCAUGGAUUGAGUAACAGUGAUAAAGUGCCUUACGGUUUUAUAAACAUAAAAAAGUAUUCUAAUGACAGCUCUAUUGGGCCUAUUCAUUCAAACGCGCUCUGGAACAACCAUGUUUUCAAUUCCUGGCGGAAAAUGGGCAGGGAAGGAUCUAACCUGAUCUCCCUAAAUAUUAACUUAUAAUAUGCACUUUGUAUGUUUUAAUUUGUUGUUAUACAUGUUUUAAUUGCCUGUUUUAAUUGGUUUUUAUUGAUGGAAUGUGUGUUAUUAUUAUGAAUUUAUAAGGUGAUUUGAAUGCGAUUUUCCUGCUUCUUGGCGGGGGGUUGGACUGGAAUCUCUCUCUACAUGGCAACAGCAGCAAGAAAUGAAUGUGCAAAAUUGUUGAAACGCCAAGCUAUACCAAGGACCGAGGACUGGAUUACAAAAGUCUUUGAAAUGGCAGAGAUGGACAACCUAACUUUAGCCCUACAGCAAAACAAUUUGCAGAAUCUACAAGAAGAAUGGAAACGUUUUAUAGACCUUGUGAAAAACCGAAAGAUGACUACAAUGAUAGAAUUUUAUAACUAAAAAUAAGAUAAAUAAUAUAUGAUUAUCUUCUGUAUUUUUAUGUUAAAACUUAAGAGAGGGAUGCUAUCUGAUGAGUUGAUGGUUAAGAAACGGUAACAGAAAAGCGUACAAUUAUAGAAAUGAUAGAAGCACAUACUCACAAAUGUAUACACGUAUAUAUAGCGAGAGAGUGAGUGAGAGAGACAGAGAAACAGAUUGAGAUAAAAGGCGGCUAGACGGGCGAGUGGGAAGAAAACCUUGAGAAAGAGAAGUUUGAGAGAUUUGGCCUUCAGGAGCCUUCAGGGAAAGUUCUUUAAAAUGGGCUAUAUCACCAUACUGAGUGAUUAUGGUGAAAUCGGAAGAGUUUUUGAACCCAAUAGUUGUAGAUGUGAAAUAUAUUUGAUGUAAUACAGAAAGAGAGAGAGAGCAUGAUAAAAUGAUAUAAAUACUAACCUACUAACAAUCUAAAUAGGAGCCCCCAGUGGUGCAGCGGAUUAAACCCUUGUGCCGGCAGGACUGAUGACUUGAAGGUUGUGUUACUGACCUGAAAGUUGCCGGUUUGCAUCCAACCCGGGGAGAGCACGGGUGAGCUCCCUCUCUCAGCUCCAGCUCCAUGCGGGGACAUGAGAGAAGCCUCCCACAGGAUGGUAAAACAUCAAACAUCUGGGCAGUGUCCCCUGGGCAACGUCCUUGCAGACGGCCAAUUCUCUCACACCAGAAGCAACUUGCAGUUUCUCAAGUCGCUCCUGACAUGGAAAAAUACCCAGUCUAAAUGAAAAUGGUAGAACUUACUUUUGUAGAUAUUAAUAAUAAAUAAUUUAAGAAAACAUUUAAUAUGAAAUUAAGAUCAAUUUCCAUUGAAGUAUAAAUGGAAAGAAUAUAUGAAGAUCAGGAGACAAUGUGAUAAGACAUAAAAAUGCAACCAAUGGACUUAAAAUUAAAAUUGUUGGAAUCCUCAAUAUUUUAUGACGUGUGUUUAAGAAAUAGAGGCGGAGACUUUGUUGUAACAAAGAUAAUUUUGUAAAAGGACUCCCCAUACCUCCCCCUCUUUGUUUUCUCCUUGCGACAAACUAGACGUUUGUAAAGAUGCAACCAACCAAUAGCUAAUCUACUAUCCCCAAUUUUUUCCUUUUCCUUCCCUUGUCCCCCAUCCCUCCUAGUAAAUGUUUAAUAAAAAUUAUUUGGGAAAAAAGA